GACAAAUGCACGGGAAAUGGACGUCCGAGCGACGGCAAGUGAAGGACUGCAGUAGACAAGCACACGCUGGCGCGUCCUGAGGGGCCUCGGCAGGAGCGGCAGGACGCGCUGCUGGUGCGGAGGGGCCGCGCCAAUGCCGCUUCGUGCUCGCGGGAGGCGGUGCCGCUGGCGGGCCCGGGCGACCCCGGCGAGAGCGCCGCCGGGGACGGCGCAUCGGUCGCCGAGAGCGCGGCCAGCCGCUUCUCGAAGGCGCCCUCGGUGCACCCGUCGCUGGCCGGCUCCGUGGCGGUGUCGCUGGCCUGCUCCGAGAGCACCAUGUCGGGGAGCCAGGGGCAACCCCACUCCGCAGGCGCGGCGCGCGCAUCUCCAUGCGCUACCACGGCGAGUGCUUCAGCGGCUUCGCGGACCCGCGCUCGCAGGCCAGCUCCUCCCACCACCAGGGGCCUCUGGCCGGCACGCAGCUGGGCGCGGCGCCCGCGGAGAAGGCCGGCGCGAAGAUGCGCACCGGCAGCCACUUCGAGAGCGCGGGACGCGUGGCGCCGGCCUUGGCGGAGAGCCUGGGCGGGAAGUUCGGGGGCCAGAUGAGCAUGGGGCACAACGGCUUCGGCUCCAGGUCCUCCAAGGGCCGCCCCGCGCCGGAGCCCCGGCGGCGGCCCGGCGGCCUGACGGAGCAGCGGCUGGCGGCCCACGAGAGGGCGCUGGCUGCGGUCCCGGAGGACGAGGCGCCCGACGAGGGCUGGUUAGUCGGCUUCCCCUGGAAGAAGCUGUUGAGCAGUUCCUGA